CAGUAAAUAAAUAAAAUGGGUCAAAACCAAUCGGGUGGAGGAAGCGGUGGGGACAAAAAAGAUGACAAGGAUAAGAAGAAGAAGUAUGAACCUCCGAUCCCCACGAGAGUUGGCAAAAAGAAGCGCAAAGCUAAGGGCCCGGACGCCGCAUUGAAGCUGCCUCAAGUGACACCUCAUACAAAAUGUAGAUUGAAACUGUUGAAACUUGAAAGAAUCAAGGAUUAUUUGCUGAUGGAAGAAGAAUUUAUUCGCAAUCAGGAAAGACUAAAGCCCCAGGAAGAGAAGAUUGAGGAAGAAAGGUCUAAGGUUGAUGACCUGAGAGGCACACCAAUGUCUGUGGGCAACUUAGAAGAAAUCAUAGAUGACAACCAUGCAAUUGUCUCCACAUCAGUUGGUAGUGAGCACUAUGUCAGUAUCCUUUCAUUUGUGGACAAGGAUCAGUUAGAACCAGGAUGUUCUGUGCUGCUUAAUCAUAAGGUGCAUGCUGUUGUGGGUGUGCUGGGUGAUGACACAGAUCCUAUGGUAUCAGUUAUGAAGCUGGAGAAGGCUCCCCAGGAGACCUAUGCUGAUAUUGGAGGGCUUGAUACCCAGAUUCAGGAGAUUAAGGAAUCAGUAGAGCUACCUCUGACUCACCCAGAGUACUACGAAGAGAUGGGCAUCAAGCCUCCCAAAGGAGUAAUCCUGUAUGGCCCACCCGGCACUGGCAAAACCUUGCUGGCCAAGGCUGUCGCCAAUCAGACAUCGGCUACUUUUCUUCGCGUUGUGGGUUCGGAACUCAUUCAGAAGUACUUAGGUGAUGGCCCCAAACUGGUACGUGAGUUGUUCAGAGUAGCUGAGGAACACGCUCCUUCAAUCGUAUUUAUUGACGAAAUCGAUGCUGUUGGUACUAAACGUUAUGACUCAAAUUCUGGCGGUGAGAGAGAAAUUCAAAGAACCAUGUUGGAGUUAUUGAAUCAGCUCGACGGUUUCGACUCCAGAGGCGAUGUUAAAGUUAUAAUGGCAACAAAUCGUAUAGAAACCUUAGACCCUGCCCUGAUUCGACCAGGACGCAUUGACAGAAAGAUUGAGUUCCCCCUGCCUGAUGAGAAGACAAAACGCCGUAUAUUCACCAUCCACACGUCCAGGAUGACGCUGGCUGAUGACGUCAACCUCUCAGAGCUUAUAAUGUCCAAGGAUGAUCUUUCUGGUGCUGAUAUUAAGGCCAUCUGCACUGAAGCCGGUUUGAUGGCGCUGAGGGAACGUCGUAUGAAGGUCACCAAUGAAGACUUUAAGAAGUCCAAAGAGAGUGUAUUGUAUCGCAAGAAAGAAGGCACGCCCGAAGGACUUUACCUUUAGAUCAAUUUCACUGAUACUGUAUUCAUUCAUUUGCUAUAUUGAACUUAGUAUAAACUUUGUUAACUUGUAAUAAAUAAUCGUAUCGAAUAGUAUGAAGCGAAAUAAGUGAACCGAGUUUAUACUUAGCUGGCAUUAAUUAAUAAAUUGUCUAUCUGAAUC